GCCUGAAACGGUGCGUUUAGAAUCGAAGGCUUAAAACUCAUCGUCUUCGGUCCUUAGUGGUGGUGGAUCUGAAAUUCUGCAACCCCUCUACCAGAUUCGCAACCCUUUGGCGAAUUCAACAGUGUUAAUCAUCUUCGAUUAUAAUCUCUCCACUGAGACUUAGAUCAAUCCAUAUUAUUCGAGUCGCCACUACAAAAAAAAUGGUGCUCACGUCCUCUGCACGUGACUACGUCAACCGCGUGCUGCAGGACAUCUCCAGCAUGAAGGUCCUAAUCCUCGAUUUCCAAACGGUGAGUAUUGUGAGCGUUGUAUAUUCACAGUCAGAGCUUCUUCAAAAGGAAGUGUUCUUGGUGGAGUUGGUGGAUUCCAUAACCAAGUCGAAGGAGCUUAUGUCGCAUCUCAAGGCUGUUUACUUCCUUCGCCCUACGACGGAGAACAUCCAGCAUUUGCGCCGCCAGCUCGCCGCUCCUAGAUUUGGGGAGUAUCACCUAUUUUUCUCCAACAUAUUGAAGGACACUCAGAUUCACAUACUUGCUGAUUCAAAUGAACAUGAAGCUGUCCAGCAAGUUCAGGAGUUCUACGCAGACUUUGUUGCAGUUGAUCCUUAUCAUUUCACUUUGCACAUCCCUUCAAGUUAUAUUUAUAUGCUCCCAGCUGUGGUGGAUCCUUCAACACUGCAACGCUUCUGUGAUCGGGUUGUUGAUGGUGUAGCAGCUGUCUUUUUGGCAUUAAAACGGAGACCAGUUAUUAGAUAUCAAAGGACGUCUGACAUUGCCAAAAGAAUAGCACACGAAGCAAAUAAACUGAUGUACCAAGAAGAAAGUGGUCUUUUUGAUUUUAGGCGAACAGAAGUUUCACCACUGUUGUUGGUGCUUGACAGGAGAGAUGAUCCUGUAACCCCAUUGCUCAAUCAAUGGACCUAUCAGGCUAUGGUUCAUGAAUUGAUAGGAAUCCAAGACAACAAGGUGGACUUGAAAUCCAUUGAUAAAUUUUCAAAGGAUCAGGAGGAGGUUGUGUUGUCGUCGGAACAAGAUUCAUUUUUCAAAGCCAACAUGUAUGAGAAUUUUGGAGAUAUAGGUAUGAAUAUCAAGCGGCUGGUUGAUGAAUUUCAGCAAGUGUCAAAGAGCAACCAGAACAUCCAAACGAUAGAGGACAUGGCCAAAUUUGUUGACAAUUAUCCUGAGUACAGAAAAAUGCAUGGGAAUGUGUCAAAGCAUGUGACUUUGGUAACAGAAAUGAGCAAGAUAGUACAACAGCGAAAACUUAUGACAGUUUCACAAACAGAACAGGAACUGGCUUGCAAUGGAGGACAAGGGGCUGCAUUUGAGGCAGUGACAAAUCUACUAAAUGAUGAUAGCAUAUCAGAUGUGGACCGGCUGCGUUUAGUCAUGCUAUAUGCUUUGCGAUAUGAGAAGGAUAGCCCUGUUUAGUUAAUGCAGCUUUUCAACAAACUGGCUUCCCGAUCUGCCAAGUAUAAAUCUGGGGUAAAUUAAUCUAUGAUGUUGCUUUCUUCUUGAAUCCUUUUAUCCUCAGGCAUGAUUGCCUGUCCUUAAUCUUUUAGUGGAUGUUGUCCAUGU